UGUAGCAAUAGAAAGCAAUAUUAAAAAUCUAGUUCAUAUUUUUAUUUUUUAAACUUUUGAAGACAAAGCGCCUCACGCCCGGUUUGAGUGUGUCUGCUGAACUUCUGAUGCGCUGCCACGCUCAGGUUCAACGUUAUCAUUUCAAAGGAACAUUUUUUCCGCUGUAAAGAGAUUUGAGGACUACUUUGACACUGUUUACUAGUCAGCUGAAGCUGCUCUGUUGGGGGCGCGGCCUCCCUUUGGACUCCCUGCUGCUUCAGUUUCAGCAGCAGCUGUCAGACUGUAACGGGAGGACGAAGCGCUCCAUCCAUCCACAGCGGCUGAGAUGGCGGACCCGGCCGAGUGCACCAUCAAGGUGGUGUGCCGUUUCAGGCCUCUAAACAGCGCGGAGGUGGCCCGGGGAGAUAAGUACAUCCCUAAGUUUAAAGGGGAUGACUGUGUGCAGAUUGGGGGUAAACCGUACUACUUUGACCGCGUGUUCCAGUCCAAUACUACUCAGGAGCAGUUCUAUAACGCUGUAGCUCAGAAGAUUGUCAGAGAUGUUCUGGAGGGCUACAAUGGGACAAUAUUUGCCUAUGGACAGACAUCCUCUGGAAAAACACACACAAUGGAGGGGAACCUCCAUGACCCAAACAUGAUGGGAGUCAUUCCCAGAAUAGUCCAGGACAUCUUCAACUACAUUUAUUCCAUGGAUGAGAACCUGGAGUUUCAUAUCAAAGUUUCAUAUUUUGAAAUCUAUUUGGACAAAAUCAGGGACUUGCUGGAUGUAACAAAGACCAACCUUUCGGUACACGAGGACAAAAACAGGGUGCCCUUUGUCAAGGGGUGUACCGAGCGUUUUGUGUGCAGUCCUAAAGAGGUCAUGGACACCAUAGAUGAAGGCAAAAACAACAGACACGUGGCUGUCACAAACAUGAAUGAGCACAGUUCCAGGAGUCACAGCAUCUUCCUCAUCAACAUCAAGCAGGAAAACACUCAGACGGAACAGAAACUUACCGGCAAACUCUACCUCGUCGAUCUGGCUGGGAGUGAGAAAGUGGGUAAAACUGGAGCAGAGGGCACAGUGCUGGAUGAAGCCAAGAUGAUCAACAAGUCCCUGUCUUCACUGGGAAAUGUGAUUUCAGCUCUGGCAGAAGGCUCGAGCUAUGUACCAUACAGAGACAGUAAGAUGACCAGGAUUCUGCAGGACUCCCUAGGAGGGAACUGUCGAACCACCAUGGUCAUCUGCUGCUCACCAUCCGCCUUCAAUGACGCUGAGACCAGGACCACACUGCUGUUUGGGCAGAGGGCAAAGACCAUCAAGAACACGGUGAGUCUGAAUGUGGAACUGACAGCAGAACAGUGGAAGAGCAAGUGGGAGAAAGAGAAGGAGAAGAACAAGACGCUGAAAAACACUGUCACCUGGCUGGAGACUGAGCUAAACCGCUGGAGGAACGGAGAGAGUGUGCCAGCAGAGGAACAGUUUGAUAAAGAAAAGGCCAAAGCAGAGGUCCUGGCCCUGGACAGUGCACUCAACAACGACAAGACAGCACCCAUACCUGCCCUCAGCACCCUCCCUGGGGUCAAACUCACAGAUGCAGAGAAAGAGAAAUAUGAGGCAGAAAUGGCCAAGCUCUACAAAGAGAUGGAUGACAAGGAUGAGGAGAUCAACCAGCAGUCUCAGUUGGUGGAGAAAUUGAAUCAGCAGUUGUUGGACCAGGAGGAGCUCUUAGCCUCCUCCAGCCGUGAUCACGACACCCUGCAGACUGAACUAAAUCGGCUGCUGGCAGAGAACGAAGCCUCCAAGGAGGAGGUGAAGGAGGUGCUGCAAGCCCUGGAGGAGCUGGCUGUCAACUAUGACCAGAAGAGUCAGGAAGUUGAGGACAAAUCAAAAGAGUUCGAGGCUCUCAGCGAGGAGCUGAACGAGAAAUCGAGCUCCUUGGCCUCCAUUGACUCUGAACUCCAGAAGCUGAAGGAGAUGACCAACCAUCAGAAGAAGAGGGUCACUGAGAUGACGUCAUCAUUACUCAAAGACCUGGCUGAGAUAGGCGUUGCCUUGGGAAGCAACGACAUUAAGCAACAAGAGAGCAGUGGUCUCAUAGAUGAGGAGUUCACUGUGGCUCGUCUCUACAUCAGUAAGAUGAAGUCAGAAGUGAAGACGAUGGUGAAGCGCAGCAAACAGCUGGAGAGCACCCACGCUGACAGCACCCAAAAGAUGGAGGAGAUGGAGAUAGAGCUGACUGCCUGCCAGCUCCGUAUCUCCCAGCAUGAAGCUAAAAUCAAGUCCCUGACAGACUCCCUCCAGAAUGUGGAGCAGAAGAAAAGACAGCUGGAAGAAAAUGUGGACUGUCUCAAUGAGGAAAUAGUCAGGAUCAAAGCCCAAGAGAAAGUCAACACCAUGGAGAAGGAGGAUGAGAUCCAGUCUGCAAAUGAAGUCAAGGAAGCUGUGGAAAAGCAGAUCCAGUCUCACAGAGAGGCCCAUCAGAAACAGAUCAGCAGCCUGAGAGAUGAGCUUGACAACAAGGAGAAACUCAUCACAGAGCUGCAGGAUCUGAACCAGAAGAUCAUGCUGGAGCAGGAGAGGCUAAGGGUGGAGCAUGAGAAGCUCAAGGCUGCGGACCAGGAGAAGAGCCGCCAGCUGCAAGAGCUGACGGUGCUGCAGGACAAGCGAGAGCAGGCCAGACAAGACCUGAAGGGACUGGAAGAGACGGUGGCCCGAGAGCUGCAGACACUCCACAACCUCAGGAGGCUUUUUGUCCAAGACUUAGCCACUAGAGUCAAAAAGAAUGCUCAGAUGGACUCAGAUGAUACAGAAGGCAGCGCUGCUCAGAAACAGAAGAUCUGCUUCUUGGAGAAUAACCUUGAGCAACUCACUAAAGUGCACAAGCAGCUGCUACGGGACAACGCUGACCUUCGCGGGGAGAUUCCUAAACUGGAGAAGCGCCUGCGGGCCACCGCUGAGCGGGUCAAACCCCUGGAGGCUGCUCUGAAGGAGGCCAAAGAGAAUGCAGCUCGCGAGCGAAAGCGCUACGAGCAGGAGGUGGAGCGCAUUAAGGACACCAUCAAGCCCAAAAACAUGGGCAGGAGACCCUCGGCACAGAUAGCCAAGCCCAUCAGACCAGGCCAGCUGCCGGGAGCCUCUCCCAUUAACCCCAGCGUCAACAGAUCCAACCUCAUCCAGAACAACGUCAGCUGCUGAGAAUGGAAGCACAGUCACCCAAAAAAGAAGCCAAAGCCCCAGACCCAAAGGAAUUUUAAUUCCAAAAUAACAAACUUUUACCUGGAACCACUGCCACAAAAAACAAAACAAAAAAACAAAACACAUUACUGCCUUGCAAAAUCAACACAUAAUGCUGUUUUAACAGCAACUUACAAAUAUAUUAGCCAAAACUGUGCCAACAUGAAUGUACGUAUCACAACUUGACGGACCCCUGAACACUAGAAGGCACUACUGUCAUGCUUAUCUACUGGUAUUGCUAAGAAUGGCUUUGUUAUGGCUCUAAAAUAAAAAACAUGUAAUAGUACUUAUUUAAGUACAAUGUCUGGAUUAAUGUUUUCU